GGCGCCCCCGGGCAGGCUCGGCCCUGCGGAGCCCCGGGGAGACCCCCGGCCGGCCGCCCUCGCCCUCGCCCGUCCUCGGCCGGCGCCCUCGUCACCCGUGCGGGCAGGCGGUGUGCUGCGCCGGGCGCAGCCUGCAGCCUCGGCGGGCGGCUCUGCGCGGAAGUGGUGCAGCAGGGGAGACGGGGCCUGCCCAGGGAGUCUGUCUGGAUCAACACCUCGGGAUUUGGCCCGGGAAAGCCUACCGCUGCGCGGGGAUUUUUGAAACGGUGGAGACAGUUGCCGCUGUCUGAGCCAUUGGUCAACGCCCUGUGAAGCAGUCCCUGAGCGCUUGCAUGUGCAGAGAGUCCCACUGGAAAUGCCUUCUGCUCUCCAUCCUCAUGUACGGCUGUCUGGGUGCGGUGGCCUGGUGUCAGCUGGCUCGGGUCACCAAGCUCAGCUUUGAUAGCUCCUUCAAGGGCAAGUCCAUGAUCUACCAUGACAGCCCAUGCUCAGAUGGCUACGUCUACAUCCCAUUGGCCUUCCUCUCCAUGCUGUACGUGGUAUACCUGGUGGAGUGCUGGCACUGCCAUGUCAAGAGGGAGCUGCAGUACAAGGCUGACGUGGACAGUGUCUACGAAUGCAUCAACCGCAUGCAGCAAGCCACCCCGUGCAUCUGGUGGAAGGCCAUCAGCUACCAUUUUGUGCGGCGUACCCGGCAGGUGACCCGGUACCGCAACGGUGACGCCUACACCACCACGCAAGUCUACCAUGAGAGGGUCAACACCCAUGUGGCAGAAGCUGAAUUUGAUUACUCUCACUGUGGAUACAAGGACAUCUCCAAGGAGCUCCUGGGCCUGGAGAGCUACACAGCCACCAAGCUGAGGUUCACAAAAUGUUUCAGCUUUGCCAACAUUGAGUCUGAGAACUCUUACUUGACCCAGAGGGCUCACUUUUUCACAGAGAUUGAGGGGCUAGAUGACUACAUGGAAGUGAGGGAAGGCAUGCAGCUCAAAAAUGUGGACUUUAAGGAACUUAUGAUGGCCUAUGGGGACCCAGAUCACCUCCCAUGGUAUGUGUCCCACUAUGCUUUCUGGGUGGCAGCUAUCUUGAUGAUCUCAUGGCCACUUAGGGUACUCAUAGAGUAUCGGACUGCUUACGUUCAUUAUCACGUGGAGAAACUGCUGGGCCUGGAGUACACGGCACCCACCGCAGCGGAGGAGCCCUUGUACAGGUACCGCAUGCCCAGGGACACCACUCAGGACAGCACUGAGCUGGAGUGGCACAUCUGCACCAAUCGGCAGCUGAUCCCCAGCUACUCGGAGGCCAUGCUCAUGGAUCUGACGGACUCCCCAGCGUACAACAGCUACACGGUGUGUCAGUACAGUGAAGCAGCCCACGGCUGCGAACGCUGCAACCGCGCCUCCAGCACCUCAUCCAUCUUCUCACGCCACGCUUUCCACAGCUGCAGCGGCAACUCCCGCCUCUCCCUCAACACCAGCCGCUUCUCCCUCUGCCGCAUCCAUGGCUCCCACAGGACAGGCCUCUGGAGAAGCCGCAGCAGCAGCAUUGCUGACCGGGGCUGCCAUGACGAACAGUGUUGCUCCUACUCCAGCCAGUUGGCUGUCAACGAAAACCCCCCAACCUACCACGAUGCCCGCUUCUUCCCUGUGUUAAUUGUGCACAGGCCUGAGGGGCAUGACAGAAGGCAUUUCUACAUCAGACGCUCUUCCUGUCUAGAAACAUCGCUGUGAUGGGUCUCCGUGGUUUCUUGGCUCCUCUGUCCUGGGACAGCUCCACCACAGUUUGCAGAGAUGCUGCUGGCAAGGAGCCCAUAAGCUUCAGACCCCACAGUGGGUCUCCAGGACAAGUUUCUGAUCUCAGUUCUUCUCCCUGCCAUUGCAAGAAGAUAUAUCCACGGUGACAAAUAGCAAACAUCAUUUCCAAAAGCUUCUCUGCCUCCUUCAGAUGAUCUCCCUAUUCAUUCUCUUCCCUCUUCCUUUCAUUCUUUUACUCCUCAUUCUUUCUCUGUUCCUUGGCUCUCUGCCUCUCCUCUGAUCCUGCUCUCAACCUUUUUCUUAUAGUUUAGUCACAGUAUUUGACAGCUGUUUCCACUGGAGAAUUUGUAAAGCCUUUGCUUUGCAGUGUAUUUGCUCUCUUAGAUGCUCUGCAAGGUAAGAAACUUAGAUAUAACAAGGGCAAGUGAAACACUGAAAGACCCAUGGACGGUUACUGCUGAGUCAGAAGGAGAAUUCAUAUCUGCAGGAUCUGAGUCACCUGCUGUAGACCCCAAACUAGGCCUUUUUUUUUCCUCUUCACAAAUCUUUUUUCAUCUUCUUCUCAUUUAUUCUUUCCUUUUUUCAUUUUCUCCUUUUCUCUCCUUACCUUCAUCUUCCUUUUUUGUUUUUCUCAUUUCUGCUUUCCAAUUUUUCGUAAUACCUUUCUGGGUUUUUGCCAGUCAGGGUGUUUUUCAGGGCAUAAUUGGCUUCCAUUGGCCAAAAAAAAAGGUAUUUGCAGCACAAAUUUCACUGACCACUGGCACAAGCACAGGAAAUGUCCCUGGGAAGUUCUGAGGACUUCCAUUGCAGAGUAACGAAAUGCACUGAUAAAGCAAAAAGCAUGCCCUUUUCUGAUCCUGCCCUGCCUGGCCUACAGUGGAGACUGUCUGCAACAUUUCCAGCUGUAGUUAACCUCAUUCUGCUCCACCAAUGUCAGCAAUCGUUGGGAGCCACAAUUUAGAUCAGCAGCCUGUUAGCACCAUUAUUUUUAGGACUGUAGGCCUGGUUUGUGGCUAUUUCAUUGCUACCACUUGCUCAGAGCUGUAGGGGCUGGUAGAGAGGAGAAGACAGGGGAAGAAAAGGUAAAUAUGGUAUUAACCCACCAUAAUGUACCCACUGACAGUCUGGAGUUGUCAGGAAGCUCUUCCACCCAGAGCGUAUAUGAGAGCAAUCUCAGGACUGCUCUACUUUCCCUUCCUCUUCGUUGUGCCCUGGGGAGGAGUUUUGGCAUGGAGCCCUCUGCUGCCAUCCCACUUGGGCCGUGGGUGCCCCAGGGCAGAGAGUACAUGCAGGAGCCAGUCCAAACACUGCUCCUGCAGGGCUUCCCUUGAAGGAAGUACAGGGCCUCCAAUAAACUAUUAGAGUAGUCCCAGCAAUGUCAAAUCCAGAAUAAGUCGGGUGCUGGCAAAGCAGACCUGGUGUUAGCUGGCAGGGCAAGCACUCUGGGCUCUCUCUGGGCCCUCCUGCCCCCCACCUCUGCAAUGUGGCGUAGCAGCAAUAUUCCUUAUACUGGGCACCAAGGAUCGACCCAGGAGCUUACGGCCAUGCUGGGGACCUGCUAGGGACCUUGCAGCCUGCCAGACCUGCAUCCAGCAAGGGGUAGUCAUACACUGAGCAAGCUCUGUGCGGUUUCAUUGUGUGGAUGGCAGAGAUUAUUAUCAACCAUGACUCGCAGGAGAAUGCAAUACAAUUGCAAUACAGUAACUUUCAAAACAAAGUGUUAUAACUCCCUACAGCAAGUAAGUAAGAAAUCGUGUCCCUAGAGGGGCUGGCAAAAAAUGCUUCCUCCCAAGUCAGUUUUGUGUGUAUCUACAUGUAAUAUGAGAUUUGUAAAGUCAUAUUAGUAUAUGUAGAUUAUAUAUAUAACUGUGCAUACUUAUAUGGUGAUUUCUUAUGGCAUUGACUGUUGCACCAUGUGAAAUAUAUUUUGUUUUGGUUUGAUGACUCUG